CAUAGACGGCUGCGGAACGUGAAACCAGACAAUAGCAAAUACGAACUAGAUUUAUCCUCCUUGCAAGUGACAGACGACAGCAUCGAAGCGAAAUUGGUGAACACGGAAGUUGGUGCUCAAUUCAAAUUCUCUCUAACUGCCAUCAACGGAAAUAUCUUCAGAGUGCAGGUGGAUGAGGUGAACCCCUUGUAUACGAGAUACAGACCGCAGUUCGCCUUGAAUGGAGAAGUACAACUGGCAAAGUUGCAAAUUCUCGACAGGAACAAAGACUCCGUAACGGCUCAGUAUGCCGAUAACAAAGCGGUGAUAUCUGCCAGACCGUUCAAAAUCGACUUUUUCAAAAAAGACUCCUUGGUAAGUGUCGUCAAUGGCAGGGGCUUGUUCACUUUCGAACACUACAGGAAAAAGCCUGCUGAAGGCGAGGCGGAACAAGCUCCUGAAGAUCCCGGCGCAUGGGAAGAGAACUUUAAAUCGCACCACGAUAGCAAGCCGAAAGGUCCUUCGGCUGUCGGUUUGGAUGUUACAUUCCCUGGAGCUCUGAGAGCUUACGGAUUACCUGAGCAUGGAGACAGACUUCCCCUGAGAACGACUGGGCCCGGCGGAGUGGAUCCCUACCGCCUCUACAACUUGGAUGUAUUCGAAUACGAACUCGACUCCACCAUGGCAAUCUACGGUUCAGUGCCCGUCGUCCACGCCCACUCCCCCAAGCACACCGUGGGAGUCUUCUGGCACAACGCCGCCGAAACAUGGGUGGACAUCAACAACAGCAAAGACGGCAACGUCAUGUCUUCGCUAGUGAACCUCGUCUCCGGCAGCAAGUCGGAGAGUAGCGUAGAGGCACAUUUCAUGAGCGAAAGCGGCGUCGUCGACCUCUUCGUCCUGAUGGGGCCCUCCCCGAGGGACACGGUGCGUCAGUAUGCUUCACUGACCGGCGUGGCUCCGUUGCCCCAGUACUUUACGCUCGCGUACCACCAGUGUCGGUGGAACUACAACGAUGAAGACGAUGUGACGUCCGUUGUAGAGAAUUUCGACGCUCACGACAUGCCGGUUGAUAUCAUGUGGCUGGAUAUCGAGUACACCGACGGAAAGAAGUACUUCACUUGGGACAAGAUCAAGUUCCCGCAUCCCGACGUUAUGAUCGGGAAUCUCACGUCGACAGGGAGGAAGCUGGUUGUCAUAAUCGACCCGCACAUCAAGCGAGAGUCUGGAUAUUUCUUGCACGAGGACGCUUUGGCCAAUGACUAUUACGUGAAGACAAAGGAGGGCAAUGUAUACGAAGGUUGGUGUUGGCCAGGAUCUAGCAGCUACUUAGAUUUCUAUGAUCCUAGAACAUUCGACUACUACAAGGGUUUAUACGCUUUGGACAAAUUUGUCGGUACUACCAAUGACGUAAACAUUUGGAACGACAUGAACGAACCAUCAGUGUUCAACGGACCGGAAAUAACUAUGCCAAAGGACUGCCUGCAUUACGGAGGAUGGGAACAUAGGGAUAUCCACAACGAAUACCCUCUAGCCCAAAGCACUGCCACCUUCCAAGGUCUUCUCGAGAGAUCCCCAAACCGCAGACCGUUCAUCUUGACCAGAGGUCACUUCGCGGGCACUCAACGAUCCGCAGCCAUCUGGACCGGAGACAACGCAGCAGAAUGGUCCCAUCUCGCCGUCAGCUACCCGAUGUGUCUGUCCGAAGCGCUAGGAGGUAUUAGCUUCUGCGGUGCAGAUGUCGGAGGGUUCUUCAACAAUCCUGAUGUCGAAUUGCUGCAGAGGUGGUACCAGGCUGCCAUUUGGUUGCCGUUCUUCAGGGCGCACGCGCACAUCGAUACUAGGAGGAGGGAGCCUUACCUUUUUAACGAGGACGUAAGGAACAGGAUCAGAGCGGCUUUGAGACUCAGGUACGCCCACCUGCCCCUCUGGUACACCCUCUUCUGGGAACACGAGACAACAGGGGAUCCCGUUAUCAGACCCCUCUUCUACAGCUACCCCUCCGAUGAAAACGUUGUGGAUAUAGACAGCGAGCUCCUGGUAGGCGACUCUGUCUUAGCCAAAGCGAUAUCCGAAGCCGGAGCUUCGACUGCCUCUGUAUACCUGCCCGGCGGUUCCGACGAAUACUGGUAUGACGUGGAAGACUUCAAGCUGUACCGCGGCACCGGAAACUUCAACAUUCCCGUCACGCUGGAUAAGAUGGUGGCAUUCUACAGAGGCGGGAGCAUAAUUCCCAGAAAGGACAGGCCUAGGAGGGCUUCUAGUCUGAUGCAUGAAGAUCCGUACACGCUCUACGUGGCAUUGGACAGCAAGGGGAGCGCCAGCGGCAGGCUCUACGUCGACGACAGGGAAAGCUACGGAUACAAGAACGGAAAGUACUUGUACCUUCACUUGAGGUUUGAGAAUGGCCAGUUUAGCAGCAGUCCGAUCGACAAGACUGAUUAUCCGACUAAGGAGUGGGUGGAGAGAGUGGUUAUUUUGGGGGCGCCCAAGGGCACGGUUGGAGCUAAUCUAAGCAGCAGGAGUUUGGGCACGGUUCGGCUGGAGACUUCGUACAGUGAUGAUGGGAGGGCGCUGGUCGUGCGCAAGCCUGGAGUUAGCAUCAGGGAGGCUUUUACUAUAAAGCUGAAUUGAGUAGGGUUGGGCAUUUGUGAAAGUAGUGAUCAAACUGAGGGUUUUUGAAAGUAAUUUAGGUGGGGUUG